CCUGUCAUUCAAAUCUAAUGUCUUGCAACUGCGACUACGAGGAGAGUCACCGAGGGCAACCUGCUUACUACUUUUGCGGACACUUUGAAGUGUGACUCAUAUUUGCAACUGUUUACAUUUCUCAGGCUGAUGAGGCACGGGGUGCUCAAAAAGUCCCAUGUGAAUUCAUGUCGACUAGCAAGGCAUGCACUCAUACAAUGUAAACGCAUUCGAAAAUAAAUCCGCUGAGCACUCAGUGAUUUAACCGGAUCGUGCAAGUCCGUCUACAGAAGGAUAUAUGUUGGGUAAAGGGGCAAAGCGGAAACUAGAUGAGGAUGAAGAGGAAGGCAAGGCGCUGGCGGCAGGGGCCGGAGCCGGAGCAAUGGCCGACGGGCUCUCGAAGGUCUCCUACACCCUGCAGAGGCAGACCAUCUUCAACAUGUCUCUGAUGAAGCUGUACAACCACCGGGCCCUCACCGAGCCCAGCUUGGAAAAGCGCGUACUCAUCAACAACAUGUUGAGACGCAUCCAGGACGAACUGAAGCAGGAGGGCAACCUUCGGCCGCUCUUCUUCCCCCCUUCCCCUCCACCCGACGACCCCGUGGAUGAAGGUUUCUGUGAGGUGCAGCCUGCUUUCAGUGUAUUGUCCAUGGUAGCUCCGCCGCUGUCUCAGUCGCCGGCACUCUCCUCUCCGCUCCUUACAUUGCCUUCGUCAGGGCUUUCAAACCCAGCGCCUUUGGAGGCCUGUCUCACCCCAGCUUCACUUUUAGAGGAGGACAGUGUCACGCUUUGCACAUCACCCUCUCCACUCGCUCCUCCUCUUCCACCAACUCUUCCCAGACUCCCUUCAUCUGUGGCCAGAGACAGCUUCUCUUCUGCCCUGGAUGAGAUUGAGGAGCUCUGUCCUUCACCCUUACCUACAACUACAUCAGCGCCUGGUGCUACCUCUCCUUCGUCCCUUACAGUGUCCCUCCAAAUGCCGUUGUGUCCCCCCAGCUUAAACUCAGGGGCCUUGGAUUCCAAAGACUGCAGUAAGCCCUGCAGCCCAAAGCUGGAAGGGCUGGUCCCGCUGCCGGAAGAACGCUCUGCGGUCCCUAAUAGAGGUGACGAUUUAGAUUGGUUACCACCCAGAGUUCAAAAGAGAUAUUGUCUGAGAAUUGAAAACAAGUGA